AUGCCACCACGCCCAUUCGUCAACGACGGACUAUGGCGGUGUCUCUGCCCAGGCUUCCCGCCAAGCGCAGCGACGAGGGCGACGACAGCAGGCACGGCUAGACUGCCACGGCGCAGUGCACGACCAAAAGAUGGACUGACGUACCCCCGCCGCCAGUUGCGUGCCUACACCGGAUCCAAGUCAUGGCUUACUGCUGGCGACUCGUUUUUCUCGCAGCCCGGCAGUGCGCCGAUCGGUUUCCGCCCUUUUCGAGAGCAGCCUCAUCCGCCGCCUUCGUUCACUUCACGGAAUAGGCUUUCGCUCACGCAGCUGCCGACGCGUAUUCUCUACGAACAUGUCCGCGCCGAAGGUGCCAGGGGCAAUUGGACAGAGGUUAUGAAUAUUUGCAGGGUACUGGUCAAGGAUAGAGGGGAGCAGCCCAACAGGGAAAUGUACACGGCCUUGCUGCACAGCUUCGUAGACUGCAAAGAGGGCACGGCGGGCAAGGUGCGCAAAGUGCUUGAAGAAAUGGGCUUCUGGCACGAGCGCGAUGCACUCGACUCUGAAUACCCCAAGAUUGAGCUGGAUGGGCGUGCAUGCGAGUGUGUGCUAGAGGUACUGGCAGUGCACCCCGACUACCUCCUUCGCAGCGACAUUCUCGAAUACAUGAAGUCGCGCUGGCUGCCGCUGUCGGCUCGCGGGCAAAACUAUGUCGUCGCCGGACUGUUGCGCGAGCGGCACUUUGAACAGGCAUUGGACAUGAUGGAAGACAUGGUGAAGAACAACACACGCGUGGAGAACUGGGUCUUGGACGUGGCCAUGUGGAUAUUGCUCGAGUUCAAAGAGGUGGAAGAGGCAUUCUAUGUGCUGGGUCUCAAGGAGACGAUGCAGAGCAAGAGCAGCGUGGCAGGCGCCGUCAGGGUGAGCGAUGCGCUCUGGGGUGCAUUGCUGGAUGCUGCGGCGCAAAGACAGCUGUAUGGAGAGACUGCCAAAGUGUGGAUGUCCCAAGUCCAGCCAGGCUACCUCAAGCCGGGCAAUGGGGCGUGUAUGGCUGUCCUGGCCCUCGCUUCUAAACACGGAGAUAUCGAACUGGCAACCGAUGUGUUCCGCCUGCUUACGGAUCGGGAAACCGUCUUCACAACCCACCACUACGAACUCCUUAUUUCGACCCAUCUCAAGGCCAAUGAUCUCGAGGCGGCGCUCUCCGUCGUCCUCAUCAUGGUCGACGCCAAUUUCAAGGUGGACGCGGGAACAUGCCAGCCACUGUUUGAAUUUCUGAGCACCGACGGGCCUAACGGAGAGAACCAGCCGUUGACAGCUUUUGGUAUGCUGCAGGACUUUGAAGCUGCGGGGCGCAGAGUACCCACCGCCGUCGUCAAUGCCUGCAUGCAAGCCAGUAUCGUCCAGGGUCGGCUCGAAGAGGCCAUCGAGAUGUACAAGGCUCUCCAUACCGUUUCCCAUUCUGGGCCCAACACACAAACGUUCAACAUUCUGUUCAAAGGAUGCCAUCAACGUGAACGCAAGGAACUGGCCAUGUACUUGGCAAAUGAGAUGAUCCAGCUGGGGGUAAAGCCGGAUCGCAUUACCUAUGAUCGGCUCAUUCUCGUCUGUCUACGGUCGGGCGACGUGGAGGACGCUCUGCUGUACUACCAGGAGAUGUCUUCUGGCGAUGGCAACGAGGGCAUGAAGCCCAGAAAAAGGACGUAUGAAAUACUGAUUUAUGAAUGCGCGAAGCGGGGCGACGAGCGGGCUGUAGCGGUCUUGAAAGACUACAAGGCAUCGGUCGAGGAGCCGCGGUUGAGUGUGGAGAAGGCAGUUGCGGAGCGGUUCGACUAUGAGAUGAUGGCGUCUGGGGGAUGGAGUCCAAAGCCGCCAGAAGGCUCUAUCCGAUAGCCUGGGAGAUCAACACGUCAGGGCGACAACGGGGACGAGACAAACCCCGGAGAUUGGUGCUGACACGGAACGGUCGGAGACAGAAACUGGCUUUUUCUCACCAGUGGCCAAACAAAGAACCGAUGUGGAGACGGACAUGGAGGACUGCCGAUCGCAAACAUGGGCCGUGCUAGCAAAACACUAGGUAAGG